GAGUCGACGACGCGCAGUAUAGUAGUAACGGCACGACGCAGCGCCCGAGCAGCUAGCAGACGAAAAAGUGUCUGUCUGGCUCAAGCGCGCGCCGCGCGCGCUCAGCUGCCAGCCGCUUCUCUCUUGCCUUUCUCUCUCUUACCUAUAUACAUAGCUGUUACAGAGAGAAACCGCACGUCGACUGAGUCAGAGCGCUAAAGAGAGAGAGAGAGAGAGAGCUCGGCGGAAAAAGGCUACGCAAUUUCCGCGCGCGCGCGCUCGUUACGUCACAGAGCAAGUGAGGGGGAGUCGGUGUGUAUAUACUGUAGAGAGUGCGUGCGGGCUUGUGUGUGUGUGUGUGUGUGUGUGCGGCGCGCUCGCGUGGGUACACACGCGGCGUCGGCGUCGCUAUUCCGAGUAGUAGUUUCUCUCGCUGUUGAUCUGCCCGCACCCAUACGUCUCGACUGUACUCCGUGUGCGCGGACAGUGCGCGACUGUAGAUUCCGUACGACACUGGUGCUCAUAGGUGUGCUCUCCUCGUUGUGUGUGUGUGCGUGUGUUUUGCAAAGUAGUGCGCUGCCAAGACACGACGCUGACGCUGUCGCUGCGCUGCGCUGACACCGGGAGAGACGACGCGUCGCUACUGCCGCUACAGGCCUCUGGCUGCUACUGCUGCUGCUGCUGCUGCUGCUUCGAGCCGCCGUUAUCAAUGGUGAAGCAGCAGAGCGUCGGCGCCGUCUCCGGCGACAUGCCUGUCUCCGGCAGGUUGAGGAAGCGCAAGCGGAGAGUAUACCUGCCCCGCGCUCAAGCCUUGAGGAUGCUGUCGCAAAAGCAGGCGGAGGCGGAUCCAGGCGCCGAGCCGUCGAGCUGCAGCAAGGGCAGCAACGACGGCGAAGCUACUCUUCAGCAGCCGAGCGGCAGCGGAGCCGUGACGCCCGGCGGCUUCAUCAACGGCGAGGGUUCCCAGGAGUUCCUCUCGACCGGACGCACGGGACGCAGAAAUGCCAUGCCCGACAUACUCGGACAGCACGCGGACACCGGCACGGCCGAUCUGCCCGAGAAGCUCGAGGCCCUUACCACAGAUCCGGCAGGAGCGAGGAGUCCGGCGGAGCCAGGUCCAUCGCAGCAGUAGCGCGCCGGCUGAAAGGAUCGCCGCGACUCCUCCUGGGGAAUCUAUUGAACGAGAGAAAGCUCUCGCAGUGACGAGCUUGCGGCCGCCAUCCCUCGAGACGAAGUGUGAGAGGACGUCAGCCGAAAGAGCAUCGGCAUCUGUAAAUAGCCCGGAGAAGCAACGUAUAUAUACAGAUCCAGCGGGAGUGUGAUUCAUCGCAGCAACGACGCGCUGGCUGACGGAAUCGCCGCGACUCUUCCUGGGGAAUCCAUCAAAUGAGAAAAAGCUCUCGCAUCGGUGAUCACGAGGAUGCGGCUGCCCGUCGAGAGAUGCAUCGGAGAGAGCACGCGAGAGGCGACGUCAGCCCGCCAAAGAGCAGCGGCAUGUGUAAAUAGCGCGGAGAAUCGCGACGUGUAUACGGAUUUACGUUGUUUCUUUCUCCCCGUAUUAUUAUACAUGCAUAUAUUAUACACCUUAUUUUUCGGCGCGCCGCGUGGCGCAUACAUACAUACAUACACAUAGUAUUACACAGGCGGGAUCGAUAUAGCUUUAAGCGCGCGCCAUGUGAGUGAGAGAGAUAGAUAGAUAUAGAGAGUAGCAGCAGCAUCAUCUUUGUCACCUUGAGACUGAGAUGAAUCUCGGGGCUUUUCUUUCUCUCGCGCUGCUGCGGAUCAUACACGGAGAGGCGUCUCUUCGAAUCUGAUCGAGAGAGUGCGAAAUGCCAUUUGCAGUAGCGGCUCUCUGAAAAUCGAUCCCCUGAGAUGAGACUAUUGAUUUUUAGCCUCGGACAAAGUUUUCGAGAAACGUCUCUCUCCCUCUCGCUCUUUCUCUGUUGAUUCUCUCUCUAUACCUAUCUCUAUAUUUGUCCUCGUCCCUAUCACGUGCGAGUGUACUGAACAAUGGAAGCGCAUUUUUCGAUUCGCGACGAACUUUCGGAUUCCGACGAGAGGGCAUAGCGAAUAAAAGUCAACUUUCCCGAGUUUUUCACAUUUGACACAACGUUCUUCUGGUCUGAAUUAGCGCCGCGCGGUGCUCCGGUGAUGAUGAUCAAACUUAUAGAUAUACUUGUGUUAGUAUUAAGACGUUGAGCUUCACCUUGGCUCUAUAUAUUAUUUUAUAGUUUUCGCGACGAGGUUUUUAAUUUUAAGCUAGUGUUUAAUCGACACCCGGCGUCAGGAAACUCUGUAUGAUAAUGAUUGUCAACCGUCAAAUUUGUGUGAGAACGACGACGAAAUUGUGGCUUCAGCAAAGACGAUUCAAGCGUAGUGUAAUAGGUACAUUAAUAUUAUAAUUUGUAGAAGCGAUUUCGAUGUAAAAAUGUAGUCCGAGAAUUCGCAACAGCUCUGGAAUAUUAUUUGUAAACGUCGCCUCGCAUCGGAAGUAAUCAGCGUUGAAUAUUCCAUCAAUAUAAGUUGACAGCGUCGACGACUGCAAUAUCCACUUAUAAUCUCGCUGGAAAAAUAAUUCGAUCGACAGACGACUACUUUCGUUGGGAAGCGUUAUCACGUUGCCGGACGAACUCUUUUUGAGCAAGGAAAACUCUAGGUUAUAAGAUUGUACGUACCUCGGAAAGAGCGUCGUUUUUCACUCUUUUUAAUUAUCAGAUCAACCCUGACCCGAACGAAACGCACUUUUCAAAGCGGGAGAUGAGUCGCGCGCCAGUUUUCUCGGGAAAACUGACUGGAUUCGCGAUUAAGUGCGAUAUAGUACAAAGCGACUCUGGUUUUUAUUUUUCUCUUGUAUGCAUGCUAUUAUGAAAUCGUUCGAUCGAUGUAAGCGAUCUCAAUGACACGAGCGGCCUGAUUCACACAGCCUCUCUGCAUUAUAGUAUUAUUACGGUUAAUUAAUGUGUUUCAUCAGCGAUGCUUUCCGCCGCGUUAACGGAAGGCUUGCGUUUUUUCAAGCUUCAAAUCGUUAUUAUUUUUUUUUUAUGUAACCAGUGAAUUCCGAGACUGCGUUUCUCGGGGACUUGAAUCAGAAUUUAAAUGAGAAAAUUAUUCGCGCUCGACGAGAUUAUUCCGUUGGCUGCGCAUGUUAUACAGUGUAAAAAGUGCGACCGCAUGAAUUAUUCGGAUUAUCUGAGCGUUUUAAUAAAAGUUUAGUUAUUAUUAUUUUUUUUUUUUUUGAUAAUUUUCCAAGCGCAAAUUUUGGCCUGUUCGAGCAUUUUUUUGUAUAGACUAAUGGAACGAAAUUCGAGCGCUUUGGACGCAUGAAAUCACGUUUACGCACACAACGAAAGCUAAACGAAUCGUGUUUUUAUCAAAUUAUCGCCGGGAGGUGACAGCAUCAUCGCGAAACUGUACGUGCACGUGCGGAAGCUUUGACAAAGGGGGAACAUUUAGAAAUCGCUAACGCUUUCCUUAUGUACAUCCAACGUCAACAGAAAGAAACGCGAUGCUCGUACUUUACCGAAAAUUUCAACAAUGCAGCGCUAUUUAUAACCAUCAUCAGCUGUCCCCAUACUGUCGUCUAGGUAUACGUAUACGCCGUUAUACGCCUCUUAUUCUUCCUCGGACGCGUGGGAGGCUUCUUCUUCGCCGGGACUUAAAUAAUGUAGAUUCCCUUUUCUUUGUGUGCGGGAAAGCUGCCGCCGUCAUAUAGCCGCGCACCGGGGAUCGAUAGAUGGACUUAUACGUUAAUAACAAUUUCGUUGUGUCGUAAAAGGAGCUGCGUUAGAGCAACGAUUGCUUUCGCUAUUUUUGUGGACUUUGUAUACGCUCAUCUGUUCCUAUCUGCGAGGAGAUUAACUUGCCGCUGACUAUCGACCUUUUCGCGCUCGUUAGACGGACCGAUAAGAGCGUUUAAUUGUUACUCGCGAUUCGAGCUUUCGCGAAGAAUUGGUUAUAAACUAGUUUUGUCUGUUUCUCGGUCACGAAUUUUUCUUUUCAUCCUCCUUUUUCGUACUUUUAACACCGAUAUUACGCUCAACGGUGCGAUAUUCUCGUCGAUCAGAAGAACUGCUCGGAAUACGUUAUUUUUUCGGCAAGCAAUAUCUCAUACUCUCACGCGAUUUCACCUUUGUCAAUAUAUCCGCGCUCGACCUCGAAUAUACGAAAAGCAAAAGAAAAGCUCAAAAAUAAUCCGAUCAGCGAGCUCCGUGAUUUUCUGAUUCAAGUCUCCUUGUGCACGAGAGGGGUGGUAAGCCUCUGCGAGCUUGUUUUGUCAGAAUCGAAAAUUCCAAAGUUUCCGCGCUGUAAAAAGUGUGAAUGUGUGCGAUACUAUACGUGUGUUGUGCGCGCGUCGUCGUCGUCGUCGAGAGAGAGAGAGAGAGAGAGAGAGAGAGAGAGAGAGAGAGAGAGAGAGAGAGAGAAAGAGAGAAAUCCUGCAGCAAACAAAGCUAUAAAUUAUUGUUAAAAGCGCGAGCGACCUCGAAAACUCGCCGAUGUACGCGGAAAUACGACCCUUCGACGCCCUUCCCCACCUCCCACACUUUUAUUGUUUUAUACGCGGAAACUCCGCGCCGCCGACGCCGCCGCCGCCGCCGCUGCCGGUGAGAUUCGCCUCGGACUUUGUGCGCACCUGUUUGGAUGUGUAAUAUUGAUCGACGAUAUUAGUAUUUGAUUGUGAGACAAAUCUGUCGUUUCACGCAUAAUUUAUUGUAUAAGAAGGUUCAUUGCAGAGCGAAUAAUGCAACUGACCGCCGCCACCACCGCUGCUGCAAACUUCAUUGUGUCGGUGCUCAUCAGUAUAAAUACAAGCCGAGAAAAUUUUGUCGAGUCAAGCUAAAUCUGCGUUUUGAUAUUGCUCGCUUGUAAGUAUAUGGAUUCCGUUGUUGGCGGUUAUGUGAAUUUGAUAUCGCUGCGGAUCAGUUUUCAAUGAGCGAACAGCUGAGUAAAUAUCUUAAUUUGUAGCUCCAAAACACGUGUAAAUGCGUGUCGGAAAAUCGUAUCCAGAUGAAAUUUACGUUUGCGAAAGUAUAGAAGUGAUAUGAUUGUCGGCAGUGUUUAAGCGUGAAUUUAGUCAAAACUGUGCAGCUGAUGCUUUUCUCGGCGUCCACAUUCUCUUGUAAAUACGUUGACGGUGUUUUAUGUAUCAUAUAUCGAGAAAAACUAUGAUUAUUAUAAGUAUGGAAAUGAAAGAAGAUUAUUCGGACUUUCGAGAGAGUUACGACUCGUGCGCCAGACGACGGUAUUACUUCUCCCCUCGAUCUGCAUAUUCGGGGCAUCGCUCCGCGCGUCCCGGGAGAUUUCGCAUCGGGCCACACAAUAGCGCAAAUGCACACUAUAACGCUAAUGGAUCCGAUGAUCAUAUGCGACGAGAGAGCCAGAGCGAUGCCGACGUCCUGUUUCGGGGCUUAACGCAUCAUCGAAUAUCAGUGUCUGUCAAUUCAAGUCAUCAUUGUUAUAUCAUCAAAAUGGAGAGUGAAAAGUAGUGUGCGAACUUUGUAUGCGCGAAGCGAAUUUUUUUCUUUAUGGACCCGACGAUGUUUCCGGCAUAUAUUUUUUCCUCUGUACACACACACACACGGUGAUCCCUCUGCUGCCUCUCGAGCCAAUUUUAUCCUUUAUCAAUGUUAUUUCGAGAUUGGUUGCGUGAAAAAUUCAGUUUUACAGCCCUAUUAUGUUCGUCUAUUCGCUUUCGAUCCAAUUUCGUUUACGAAAGGCAGCGAUAGUGAUCACAUCUGGGGAUUGAAUGGGAUACCAAUAUGUAAAUAAUAAAUGCGAUACGUUCAAUGUUUAAUUUUUGUAUGCGUAAAAAUGUGUCAAAAGCGUGAAUAGGAUUACUGUAGAACAAUAAUAUAUUUCACAAUAUCGUAAUGUACUAAAUUCAGAUCCUGUAUUUAACUCUGGCCGUAAACUAUUAUUUAUUCCGAUGCAUAAAUCCACAUUAUGGUCAUUAAUGGAUAAUAGAUACAUUUCCAGCGUAAAAGCUAUUAUAAUAACCAUCUAUGUGAUGCGGAAUUCCCAAACGACAUUGAUAAACGUAUGAUUUUAAUGACCCUUUUUAAAAUGAUAUUUAUUGUAAUCGAUUGAUGCCGGCUCAGCGAUAUACUGGAUGAUGAACAAUCAGCGAGCGUGCCAAUUAAUGAAAGAAGUCGUUUUAGCGCUUAACGCCGGAAGAGCGACGGUCAUUUAUAAAUCAGUCAUUAGAUGAAGAAAAAAGAAAUGCGUCCAUGACAUCGAAACUUGGUUCAGUGUGUAUAUCGAUAUUAUUUAAUAAGCCGUUCUGUUUGGUUUUAAUUUUUACGUUUUGAUGAAAUCGCUAGUCUCUAGUGUUUUAUUGUUUGUGAAUGAUUAACGACGAGCGCCGAAAUAAAUACUCAAGCCAAUAUACUAUUGGAUAACUGUA